GGCACAUAAAGCAAUCUCAUUGAUUAUAAGAGGAAUUGGUUGACCACUGUUGGUAGCAGAAGAUCAAGAAAUGACAUCGGACGCCAAAAUUCUUUCUUUCCAAGAGGUUUCAAAGCACAAUUUGAAAACUGAUUGCUGGCUUAUUAUUUCUGGAAAGGUGUAUGAUGUAACCGCAUUUCUGGAUGAUCACCCUGGAGGCGAUGACGUCCUGAUAUUAGCAACCGAGAAAGAUGCAACAGAAGAUUUCGAAGAUGUGGGCCACAGUCAAGAUGCCAAAGACUUGAUGAAAGAUUACUAUAUUGGUGAAAUCGAUAGCAAAUCUAUGCUUCAGAAAAACAAGCGCAAGAUGCCUUCUAACACAGCUUCUGCAUACAACCAAGAAUCUGGAAGUUCAUCUAGCAACAUAUUGACAUUUCUUUUACCCAUACUAAUCUUGGUGUUAGCAUAUGCUCUCUACUACUUUGCCAAGAAAGAUGCGAUUAUCAGCUAUCAAUGAAUGCAUGUGAUUUAUGUCAUUUCCUAUAAAACUUAUGGAUGAACAUUCUGUCCUGUUGUUGUGUGCUUGUAGUGUUGAAUUUUGUAUUAAUUAUCUUAUUUACUAUUUGCUGAUUAGUAAUGUACCUAUCAACAAGGUUUGUGUUGUUUAGGCUUGGUACGGGAAACAAGAUCAAAUGUAAUGUCUUUAUUGUGUUGUUUAGGCUUGGUACCGGAAACAAGAUCAAAUUUAAUGUCUUUAUUGUGUUGUUUAGGCUUGGUACCGGAAACAAGAUCAAA